AUGGCAUCGAACAUUGUACCAGGAACCUACCAAACCUACAAGGCGGGAACCGAAAAGGUCUUAAACUGGCUGUAUGAGAACGCGGUGGAAUGUGGACAUUGCUUGGAGCAAGAGAAUGUCGACAUCAAAACAGAAGAAGAAGGCGAGCGAAGGGGCGGACAAAAUAAAAAGUCCAAACUUACCCCCAAACGGAAGAAUGGAAAGGGAAGUAAAGCCAAGGGAAGCGGGAAGGCAAAAUCGAAGAAGAAAAAUAUGGCAGCAGAUGCCACAACAAUAUUUAUUACGGUAAAUGAGUACAUAUCCCUUGCGGAAUCAAUUGCUAGUUUUAUCCCUAAGGUCCGAGUUCCACUAUGGGUCACCAACAUGAUCGAACAAGUUAUUGCUGGGCGCAAGAAGAGUGCUCGAUGGUUUGCUCGUCAGACUACUAGCAGUGCCCAUGAACAAGCCCACGAGAGCAAUAUAAGCCAUCAAUACUUCAUUGAAGUUCUAGAGACAAUACGCAACAUCCUGAUUAGCCUCCAAGGGAGUACCACGAAACCAAGGACGAAGAAACCUGAAACCCCAGAAGAUCCAAUCGAAGAAAUAACUAACAUAUUUGAGUAUUUAGAGAUGGAACCCGAUACAGAGCAUACUAUGACAGAACCUGGGCCUGCGAAAGAGUCUCGAUGUGAGAAGGUCAACGUGAAAAUUGAAUUCCUGAGUUAUGAGGACGAACUAUGGCUAAUAUACUGCUUUUUCGAAGAUUUCAAUAUAACCCGCCAACAUCUAAAGGCAUUGUGGACAUCUUACAAGAAUGGUCGUGUAGAUUUGACUACAGCCGCAUUAUCAACAAACAUAGCAUUUGAGCUUUUCAGACGCUCUGAAGAAGAAUUGGUAAAACAACUACAAUUAAGAUUGCAUCGAAAAGAUAGAAAAGAUCCCGCAAUGUGGGAUUACGAGCUGAUCCAGGAUCUUAUCUACGGUGCUACGGCCGAGUGUAGAGGACAGGAUAUCGAUUAUAGGAAAAGCGAGUCACAUGUAUACAAUCACGAUAUGUUCGACAUCGCAGAUUGGACUGGACUCCCCGUCUACUUGAUUCUUUCGAUUUUCCUCGAUGAGAUUAAGAGAAAACGUAUAGAGGGCAAUAUGCCCGCGGCUUGGAAGAUACAAAGAAAGAAAGUCAAGGCUGCCAUGAAAAAUUAUCCAGCACCCAUCGCCUUUGAUUACAAAAAUGUCAAGUUCGACUCCAGUACAGAUUUAUUGAAUCCUGAUUGCAAGUGGGAUUGUGACGUUUCUAUCUUGCUAAGCACCCAUUUGCCAGAGUUUGUCUUUUUGUUACAUCAGACCGCAGGCGACUUGCAUGCCGCCUACAAGGUUUUUGGAAACGAUGAACUUACUUCAGGAGUCCUCAAAAUGAUAGUUGACAACCAUAUUCCGACCUGGCUUGUCCUAGCUUUACAAGUACAGCUCGAUAUUCAGUAUAUCCUUUUCGACGAUAUUACUCGGCCUCAAGCUGAACUAAUGGCUGCCGGCUUACGUUCAAAAAACACCCUUGAAAACCACCUAGCUUUUAUUGAGGACAUGAAUAAGACGAGAGACAAACCGAUAACCGACACAGCUCAACAAUUGAUCGAUGGCAUUGAUCUAUUAAUAAUAGAGGACCGACUCUGGCGUGCAAGAGGCGCAACCCUGUGCGAGUACGAUCACCCACGGGUAGAUGAGAGUUAUUUACUUCUAAAGUCGCACCCUGUACUUUGUGGAAUGCUACGUUUAAGAAUAGACUUAGAUGUGCAAAUGAGGGGGCUGAAUUUUGCCAAUCGUUGGGGGUGGUUGAUUGCUAUCCUACAACUUUACAACGCAUGUCUGAUGGAAGAGGUUGUCAAAAAGUCAUGGAAGGAUCUGGAAGCAGUCAUUGCAACUGACACUGCAAAAAAAAUGUUUCUAGGGGAACGCCCAAGAAACAUUCACGAGUGUCUUAGGCGCGCGAUGCUUGGUGCGGGAUAUUCUGCCACCAGUUUCGCUGCUGAACCUCGAAACCGUAAAUUCCAGUGGAAGAGUAAAGAUAGGGGCCGCCUUGCACUGAGGCAUUCCAGUAUAGGCGGUUGCAACGUUGGUCGUAAUGCGCUUAGUUUGGAAAGUCUGGAAAAACUACUAGCAACAACGGCAACAGCGCUGAGGGCCCACACUGUUAAGAGCGACAAUGACAAGAGGAGCCCGGACGAAGGUCUCGAAACUGGCUUGGUGCAAAAUCGGGUUGAAAAUGCCGAUCCCACUACACGGUCGAAGACCGUUGGAUUCUCUACAAUACAACUCUUGAAAGCGCUCGAGUCCAUCAUGCACCAAGAAACGUUUUUGCACAAUGUUGACUAUUUUUCGCUGAGUAUACGCGCCUAUCGCUUACUAAAGGCUGUCCACACAAAGAUAUAUGAUUCUAUUACGCAGGAUUUUGGCGUCGAAGCUGCAGAAGAUAUGAGGAACGACGCAUGUCUGGGAUUUCUCCCGCUACAAGUUUUCGUGAUUUUGUGCGGAGGUAAAAACGUGGAGAUUAUAAUGUCUGGCACCCACCAGAAGAAGAUAUAG